GGCGACCCAGCCGAUCCCUCCUGCGACCAAAAGCUGACAGCCCAACCAGUCCCUAAACAUCAACUUGCACCAUCAUCAUGAAUCCAGAAAUUGCGUCUCGCGGUGGUGUUUGCGUUGAUAUUGAGACGAAAAACGAGGAAAAAAAAUGGAUGCAGCAAUGGGAUUGAUGAGGAGAAUGCCUCCGAAGCACUCCGAAACUGCUCUCUCCGCUCUUCUUACUCUCUUACCCCACCACUCCUCCGAUCUACUGUCCCAGAUUGAUCAGCCUCUGCAGGUUAUAUGUGAUAUGGACAAUGGGAAGGAGUUCAUUUUGUGUGAAUACAACAGAGAUGCUGAUUCAUAUAGAUCACCAUGGUCAAACAAAUACCAUCCACCAUUGAAAGAUGGAGCGAUGCCAUCUAUAGAGUUGAGGAAACUUGAAAUUGAAGCAAAUGAUGUAUUCACAAUCUAUCGUGACCAGUAUUAUGAAGGUGGCAUUUCAUCUGUCUAUAUGUGGGAAGAUGACAGUGAUAGUUUUGUAGCCUGUUUCUUGAUAAAGAAAGAUGGCUCAAAGACUGGUCACGGUCGAAGGGGGUUUCUACAGGAGGGAGCAUGGGAUGCUAUUCAUGUUAUUGAGGUCCGGCUUGAAGAUGAGGGAACAGCUAGUUACUGUUUAACAAGUACGGUCAUGCUGUCAUUGACAACUGAUAACAACGCAUCGGGAACUUUUAGUUUGUCUGGUUCGCUUAGAAGACAGAUGAAGAUGAAGCUCUCAGUUGCAGAAGGUCAUCUUUGUAACAUGGGACGAAUGAUCGAAGAAAUGGAAAGCAAGCUGAGGAAUUCACUAGAUCAGGUGUAUUUUGGAAAAACAAAAGAGAUGGUUUGCACCUUGCGACCACACUCUGAAGUGGUGCAUAUGAGACCCGCCAAGUGAGGGCUGCUGCUGAUACUGCAUCAUAGCGGCUCGAUAGUUUGUAAGUCUGUUUUUUUUAAUGCAGCUGUAACAGUGUGAUUUUAUUUUGAUUGUCCUUUCAAAUCUUAAUUCAUGUUAAAAAAAUACUGUUUAAUUGUGUGUGUACUGAUUGGUUGUAUUGUAGGCUUGGUAGUUUAGUUGUCAUGUUGCAUAUUUGGGACCCAAUUCUAAAUUGAAGGUUGCAUUUAGUUA